AGAGAGAGAGUAAUAAUAAUUUAAUAAUGGAGUCACCGGUGUGUCUUUCAUCAUCAUCAAAAUAUAAUAAUAAUGUUUAUUUAUUUAUUUGAAAAACAAAAACAUAAUGAAGAAUUUGUUUUACGCUAGUCAUCAUGUUUAUCACUAAGCAAUUUUGAUAAGAUUUAAAAGUUUAAAAAUAAAUUGAUAUAUACUGAGUGAUAUUAUUGUGUUUGUGUUUAUUGACAUUUAUUAUAAACUUUUGAUAAUUUUUUAACUAAUAAAUAUGGAUAUUGACAUUCAUCCAUUGACAGAUAAUCCAACAGCAGCAUGGAAAGAAUUAUCGAAACAACAAAAAGUCAUUAAAAUUAAUGCAAAGCCACCAACAACUGAUGCACCAAAUGACAAGUUGAGAAUUGUUUGUAUGAGUGAUACACAUUCAUUAACGCCUUAUAUUAAAUUUGAUGUACCAUUUGGUGAUAUAUUUAUUCAUGCUGGUGAUUUUACAAAAUGUGGGAGUCUUCAAGAAGUUGUUGAAUUCAACAAUUGGAUAGGUAAUUUACCACAUAAACAUAAAAUAGUUAUUGCUGGUAAUCAUGAGUUGAGUUUUGAUCCAACAUUUACUCAUCCAUUUAAUGCAAAUAAUUCUGGUGACAGACAUAAACACAUGGGAACAAGUAUACUUGAUAAUUUACCAACUUUAGGAAUGUCUAAGGAUACACUAGCUGAAGCAAUUAAAACAACAAAUAUCAAGGAUUACUUAACUAAUUGUACUUAUCUAGAAGAUUCAGAAAUAGUAUUAUAUGGAAUUAAAAUAUAUGGUACACCUUGGCAACCAGAAUUUUGUAAAUGGGCUUUCAAUGUACCACGUGGUGGUCCAUGCUUAUCAAAAUGGAAUUUAAUACCAGAAGAUACUGAUGUACUGGUAACACAUACACCACCAAUUGGACAUGGUGAUAUGUGUUGCAGUGGUGUACGAGCUGGAUGUGUUGAGCUACUUUCAGUUGUACAAAAACGUAUUAAACCAAAGUACCAUGUCUUUGGUCAUAUACAUGAAGGAUAUGGAAUAUCUUCUGAUGGAAAAAUUAUAUUUAUUAAUGCAUCAACUUGUGAUUUAAAUUAUUUACCAAGUAAUCCACCAAUUGUAUUUGAUAUUACAUUACCAACUGGUACAGUUAAGUAAUUAAUUUGUUAAAUUGAGAGAAUUUUAUGACUGGAUAUUUUAAUUUUAGUCUGACAGGGUAUUUAAAAAUUAAUUUCUAUUAUUAAUUAGUGAUAUUAUGUGCACAAUUAAAUCAUCAAUUGCAAAAUUUAUGUGAUGUAUUGUUUAAACAAUAAUUAUUUAUUUAAAUUUAUUAUUUUUUCAAUAUUUUUUGUGUAAUUUAGAAGAAAAAAAAAGAAAUAAAAAUCAUUUAAAAACAAA